AUGUCCAAGAUACCGUCAAUUGACAUUCCGGCGGAGUUCAUCCCAAGAACACUCCCGGAUAUUGCUGCUCUCAUACUAGCCGGAGCGAUCUCAACUGCGUACUUAUUAAAGGGAUAUGCCUGGGACAAGCCAGAUCCAUAUCAUCAUCUAUGGUUCGAGAAACCAACAGAAAAGUACUCCAAGUCCCGAGCCUUGGCAACUACAUCAACAAGAAAUGUAGCCGAAAAACUAGAACAAGACGCCAAAGAUGCCGUCAUUUUCUGGGGAUCUCAAUCAGGCACUGCAGAAACCCUAGCCACUAGACUUGCAAAAGAAUGCCUCGCACGCUUCAACUUGCAAGUCUUGUGCGCAGACCUGGCAGACUACGACCCAGACACCAUCUGCCUCAUACCAAACACGAAAUUUGCCAUCUUUAUCAUAUCCACAUAUGGGGAGGGAGAUCCCAGCGACAACACAUCAGCUUUUUGGCAUUGGCUUCAUCAGCGGGCGCAGCCUAUUCCUCGACUGGAUAGCUUGCGCUACGUGGCUUUUGGUCUCGGAAACAGCAACUACAGAUAUUUCAACAGAGUCAUUGACGUUGUCUCAGAUGCAUUGGACAAGGCUGGCGCUCAACGACUCAUGCCUGUUGACAAAGCGGAUGACGCGAAAGGAGGCACUGAGGAAUACUUUCUGGACUGGAAGGACAGCCUAUUUGACCUUUUUCGAGGGACGUUGAAGUUUACGGAGCAGGACCUCAUAUACAAACCAAGCGUUCAAGUUGUCCAAGAUGAGUCGCUGUCGCAGAGCGAUUUAUACCUUGGGGAACAAGAUCACCAUUCCGUUGCUAAUGGCGAGUCGCCCGUCUUGUCGCUUGUUGUCGCCAAUGCACACAAUCCAUGUCCCUCGUCAUCGCAGGGCUACGUCCAUCUGGAGCUCGAUCUUGGGACAACGGGCAAUUUGCGGUAUCGAACCGGUGAUCAUCUUGCCGUCUAUCCUACGAAUCCAGACAAUGAGGUAGAACUGCUCUUGAGAGCCAUCGGCUACGACGAAGAGCGUUCUACCUCCGCGAUCCUCAUUCAGCCUGUUGAAGAAGGCCACAAUAUCAAAAUUCCAAGUCCGACUACACUUCAAGCAUUGUUCCGGCAUUACCUGGAAAUAUGUGCCCCUGUAUCGCGAGAGUCACUCAGGCAGUUGGCCGCGUAUGCACCGAAUGCCCAAUCUCGCAAGCUUCUCCUGUCACUAGCAGAUGACAAAGACGCAUAUACGGCCUUUAUAUCCAGUAAUCACGUCAAUCUUGGUAGGAUCCUCUCAAUAACUGCCCCGGGUCUGGUUUGGAACCUCUUGCCUAUAUCCUAUCUAGCGGAAUCACUACCCGUCAUGCGACCGCGGUACUAUUCCAUUUCCUCUUCAAGCGCUAUAUCGUCUCACCGCGUAGCCAUCACCGUCGGUGUAGUGUCUUCAAAAUUGACUGGAAAUCACUCGGUUACAAUCCCUGGCAUCACGAGCAGUUACUUGCAGAAAAUCAAUCACGGCCUGAAGAGUCCAGCUACCAGUGGCCCUCGCAAUGCCAAUGAAAGUAAGGGAUAUCGUAUUUACGCAUCUAUUCGUCAAUCGGCGUUCAAGCUCCCGAUGCUCAGCUCCAUACCGUUGAUAAUGAUUGCCGCCGGCACGGGCAUUGCACCAUUCCGCGCCUUCAGUCUCGAGCGAGCGAGACUCCAUUCUGUUGGACAACCUGUUGGUCGUAUGUUGCUGUUUUUUGGGUGCCGAACUCAACUGGACUUUUUGUACAAAGAUGAACUUUUUCACACGGCUGUUUCUUUGGGUGAUGCGCUGGAAAUAGUGACAGCUUUCUCUAGGGAGACCGACAGCCCGAAGUUGUAUGUGCAGAAUCGGGUUGCAGAACGGCAGUCGCAGGUAUGUCAGAUGUUGGAGGAUAGGGCGAACGUCUAUAUUUGUGGCCGGGUGUCCAUGGCGAAGGAGGUCGGAAAGGUUUUGGAGGAUGCAAUGAAGGCGAGGAAGGGGUGGGAUGAUGUGGAAACGAAACGAUGGGUUGAAAACACAAAGAGAGGCAAGAAAUGGUUGGAGGACGUGUGGGGAUAG